AUGGCAAAAGGGCAAAAACAGACCGCCAUAACAGAGAAACUGGAAAUAUUCAUUGGAUGCACACAGGUUGUUGAAGAAGGACACGACCUCGCGGCUCACGUGGAAACUGGUAGCGCGGCCUUGAAUGGAGAUGGAAAAGAACAGAUCAUGGUCAAAAAUGAAAAAUUUAGUGAUUUUGCCAUCGAUCUUUUUUUCCCAAUUCAGCUGCUAAAUAUUGAUUGGGGUGGUGAAGUGGCAAAUCUCUAUGAUAGCUCCCGGAUUAGCCGGCUGCAACUAUUUUGCAACUGGUGUGGUUAUAUGCCGUACUCUAAUAUCAACUGA